GCACUAGGCGGCGUGCCUACCCUCUUGCCAGAUGUUCCCGUUUCCGCCAUUUUUCUCGCCUUGUUCAUCGCUGCCGCUGCCGGCCACAUGGGUCUUUUCCAGAUCAAUAAGAAGAGAGGGAGGAAAUUCGUUCUGAAUGCAGCCACAUUUGGCUUUUGUAUGACACGGAUAAUAGCUACGUCGUUGCGCAUCGCAUGGGCCCAGCAACCACGGAACAUCUCUCUGGGAAUGGCAGCCGGAAUUUUUGUCUACGCCGGCAUUCCUAUUCUAUUCAUCGCCAACUUAUUCUUCGCCGAACGCAUUGUUCGUGCCCAACAUCCACAUUUCGGCUGGUCGCGACCGUUUUCUGCGAUUAUACCGAUAGCCAUUUUCAUCACAGUUGCGACUGUACUGUGUUUGAUAUCGGCCGUGAUUGUGCAAUUCUAUACCUAUGCUCCCGGCCCUCAGCAAGCUGCUCGCGACAUUCAGCUAUAUGGUCAGACGUGCUUCGCCAUCUUGGCGACACUGCCACUGUUCAUCGUUGGAAUCUCUUCGGCAGCACGCGCUAAUCCAAAAAUCAAGAUGACGUGCACUCUGGAUAAAUUUGGCAGUGGUAGUAUGCGAGCAAAAGUUGCCAUAUCGAUGAUAUCUGCCGUCAUUCUCUCGAUUGGAGCGUGGUAUCGUGCUGGCACAGCUUAUCCUAGGCCGACACCCCAAGGGAUCCCGGCUCCGGACUAUUUUGCCAAGGCUAGCUUCUAUAUAUUCAACUUUACUCUGGAAAUAAUCGUUGUGUGUGGCUGGUUGGCACUACGCAUUGACACACGAUUUUUUGUGCCGGACGGCUCAAAGGGUCCUUUUUCGUAU